CUCGUAAUCAAUACUAGUACUGUCUUGUGAUCCAUCAGUGCGCGACGAAUAUCGUAACUAACAUUUAUAAUAACCCCUCAGCUUGCAUUUCUGUCGUGUUCCGCGGUAAUUUUUCUGGAAAUGUCUUCUGAGAAAUCUGCCGAUGUCAGCGCAGAGAUGCUGCUCAUGAUGCAGAGAAUGUCUGUCUUGACAACAGACGAAGGAGUACAUCGUGGUUUAAGUUUUAAACCUCGUUCAAAUGACGUGCUCAUCGUGACUCCCCCAAAGUGCGGCACAACAUGGAUGCAACAGAUUGUACAUCAGUUACGUAGUGGUGGCGAUAUGUCAUUCGAUGAUAUUUGUGAUGUUGUCCCUUUUAUCGAGUUGGCCUAUGAUACCGAAAUAGAUCUCGAAGCUGAGCACAAGCAUCAACCACGGUAAGAUACUAAAAUUCCACCGGCCCGUAUUAUAUGAUUAUAUGGUUGUUGAUUAGUAUGAUUACGCAAUGUAGCUGGCCAACGUAAUCACUGAUACCACAGUCGAAUUAGUCGAAGUAGAUCGACGUUUAGUUCCAUAUACUUCACAUUCUUUGAUAAGCCAGAGUGAAUUUGAGGGUGUAUUUCCGAAAGAUCUUCGGUGCAGAACAGCGACUCGAACAAAGUUUGGCGUACAUUUUUGGCGCAAUCUUCGGCGCAGAAAAAUUUAUAUAUAUAUAUAUAUAUAUAUAUAUAUAUAUAUAUAUAUAUAUAUAUAUAUAUAUAUAUAUAUAUAUAUAUAUAUAUAAAGCAUUUUUAGCUUAACUACGUGUCUAUAUCUUGGGCUGAUUGUUCUAAAGCCUUAACCACCACUGUGAAUUACGUAUGAGAUUCAAUGACAUUCAACAUGAUAUUCGAUAUUGUGUGAACUCACUCAUUUCAAUCACUCAGAAGUAAAAAUGAAAAAUAUAGCCAUUUCUUCUCUUCCAAAUGAAUUAGAAAGAAAUACUGAUCAUAUAGUUCGUAUUAACUAAUUAAUACCUUUAUGUUUCAUUGCAUAAAAACCAAUAAACGCGCAUCAAAGCAGUCCAAAAAGACAUUUUACUAACAAUUAUAACCACAGGUGCCAAAUACAGCCUGUACUAAAAAAAAACUGUUAAGAAUUGUUUUAUAAAUGAUUUAAUUCCAACCCCGCUAUUCUAUAGGAUUUUCUUAAUAAUAUUCUGAUAAUAUAAGAGGCGCGGAGUACAGUCAUGUUUGAGUGGGAUUUUAGUUCAUUUUUAGGCUUGCACCACUUAUGUGUUAGUAACCAUUUGAAAGAGCAUAUAAUUUAAUACAAUAUAUGAAAGUUUAAGAAAAUCCUAUAGAAUAGCGGGUGCAAAAUCUACAAAUUAAAUGCAGGAAGUUCCUCGCAACGCAUAUAUAAUUGGAUUAGUGUAUCAGAUGCGCGUAACUAUACAGCCAAAUUUGAGUGGGAUUUUCGUUCAUUUUAAGGCUUGCACCACUUACGUGUUAGUAACCAUUUGAAAGAGUAUAUAAUUUUAUACAAUAUAUGAAGUUUUAAGAAAAUCCUAUAGAAUAGCGGGCAAGAUUUUUACAAUUAAACACACAGUUGUUGAAAGCUCAUAUAUAAUUGACUGAUAACAUACGAGGCGCGAAGUACAGUAAUGUUUGAGUGGGAUUUUCGUUCAUUUUUAAGCUUGCACCACUUACGUGUUAGUAACCAUUUGAAAAAGCAUAUAAUUUUAUACAACAUAUGAAGUUUUAAGAAAAUCCUAUAGAAUAGCGGGCAAGAUUUUUACAACUAAACAGACAGUUAUUCAAAGCUCACAUGCAUAUAUUAAUUGGCUUAUAAUAUACGAGGCGCGCAGUACCAUGUUUGAGUGGGAUUUUCGUUCAUUUUCAGGCUUGCACCACUUACGUGUUAGUAACCAUUUGAAAAAGCAUAUAAUUUUAUACAACAUAUGAAGUUUUAAGAAAUUCCUAUAGGAUAGCGGGCAAUAUUUUACAACUAAACAGACAGUUGUUUAAAGCUCACAUGCAUGCAUAUAUUAAUUGGCUUACAACAUAUGAGGCUCGCGGUACCAUGUUUGAGUGGCAUUUUCGUUCAUUUUCAGGCUUGCACCACUUACGUGUUAGUAACCAUUUGAAAGAGCAUAUAAUUGUAUACAACAUAUGAAAUUUUAAGAAAAUCCUAUAGAAUAGCGCGCAAGAUUUUUACAAUUAAACAGACAGUUGUUGAAAGCUCAUAUAUGAUUGACUGAUAAUAUAAGAGGCGCGAAGUACAGUCAUGUUUGAGUGGGAUUUUCGUUCAUUUUAGGCUUGGACCACUUACGUGUUAGUAACCAUUUGAAAGAGCAUAUAAUUUUAUACUAUAUAUGAAAGUUUAAGAAAAUCCUAUAGAAUAGCGGGCGCAAAAUCUACAAAUUAAAUGCAGGAAGUUCCUCGCAACGCAUAUAUAUAUUGGCUUAGUGUAUCAGAUGCGCGUAAUUAUACAGCCAAAUUUGAGUGGGAUUUUCGUUCAUUUUAAGGCUUGCACCACAUACUUGUAAGUAACCAUGUAAAAGAGCAUAUAAUUUUGUACAAGAUGUGAAAGCUGAAAAAAAUUGUAUACAAUAGAGUGGAAGUUAUGUAUGGUUAAAGGGACAAUUUUUGACAGCGCACAUAUAUAUCAUUGACUUUGUGUAUAUCAGAAUUACUGUAAUUAGGAUAUGAGGCGUGCAAAAUAGUCAAAUUUUGAGACAGAUUCUCGCUAGUUUAUCGGCUUGCACCGCUUACGUUUAAGUAACGAUUUGGAAGAGCAUAUAUUUGCAUACAAUAUAUGAAAUUUUAAGAAAAUCCUAUAGAAUAGCGGGGUUGGAAUUUAAUCAUUUAUAAAACAAUUAUUGACAGUUUUUUUUAGUACAGGCUGUAUUUGGCACUUGUGGUUGUUAGUAAAAUGUCUUUUUGGACUGCUUUGAUGUACAUAAUACAUAAACUUUGAAAUACAUAAACUAUAUGAAAUGCAGAUGAGUUCAGUUGAAUCGCUUUCCUCUUCAGAAUAGUCUCGAUGGUAACAAAGUUGUUUAAUUUCAUUGGUCAACCAAGGUUGAUAUUCACUUUUAACUUUUCUUGACCGACAUGGUCAUGGGGCAUGCAGGUCAGAAAUUUGAAGAAAGGUUUCUUUUCAUUCAUGCCACGCAAUGUUGGAAUCUGAAUGAUGAUUAAAAUUAGAGCUGUGCGCCGGAGCCGGAGUGCCGGAGCCAGAGCUCCGGCAUAUUUUACUGGAGCCGGAGUUCGAAAACUCCAAAAUUAUGAAAAAUUAUUUCAUAUUUACCAAAAUUUGGCAUUAAAUGGGAAAAUUAAGUUAUUGUUUACUAAUAUAUUACUAUUUACAUGUUGUAUUACUAUUUAGUAUAAUUACAUAGGUGAUUAUUGAAAAUUCUCCACGCUGAUUGGUUGCUGUUGAGGUGAUUAUUACGCGAUAAUCACCUAAGCGAUUUUCAAAAUGGCGGCCGAAACCGUUUUGUCAAUUAAAUGACGAAGAAAUGUGUAUUUUUAAUUUUUUUCUAAAUAAUCACCUAUGAAAUUAUACUAAAACAAUUAUUCACCUCAGGCUCGGUGAUUAUCGUGAAUAAAAACCGCGACUUCGUCUCGGUUUUUAUUCAUCGAUAAUCACCUCGCCUUCGGUGAAUAAUUGUUAAAUAUUACUAUAUUGUUUACUAUUAAUAGUGUUGUAAAAAGGUUUUUAAAAAAGAUAAAUUCUGAAAUUACACUGAAAUACUUUCGCCUGCUUCCACUUUUAAAUAUGGAAUUUCAUUAAACAUUUCUUGCCGGAGCCGGAGCUAAAAUAACCGGAGUUUGCACAGCUCUAAAAUUUAAAAUUUCUGCAUGCCUGGUUUAGAUAAUUUUGGAAGUCUGCAGUUUUGAAGUUUUUAAACUGCCUUGCAUGAAUUAUUUUUGGUUUUUCUCUAGGGAUUCCAAUCUUCCUAGUACAUAUGUAAACCAAGCUAUGGUCACUUAUACCUAAUUCAAUGACACCCGAAUCAGUGGUUUUUAUAUCGUCAAUUCUAGUGAUUAUGACGUCUAGCAAUGUUGCUGUUGAGUCAGUUGUUCUAGUGGGUUUGUCAAUAAGUUGUUGGACGGUUGGUAAAUAUCUAACAAGUCUUUAAAGUUCAACAAGUCACAGUUAAAAUCCCCUGUUAUAAUGAUUUGUUUGCUUUCGUUGUCAAUCCUUUGAAGGAAGUGCUCAAAAAGAUUAAGCAGUUCUAUUUAUGCACUGGGUGGGCGGUACCAAGCGGAGAUUACCAACGGUUUGGUUCGAGGCCGUUUUCUAAUUUCAAGGCAAAUUGCUUCCACAUUGUCUGGUAUUAAGUCCAUCUAGCCUUAUCAGUUCAUAACCUGGUAUUUCGACCUCAGAGCUAUCUAUAGAGCUAUCCAGUCUAGCUGGCCGAGUGUAAAAUUUGAUGAGUAUCUCGCAUGACGUCACGAAAUUUACUCGUUCCAGACUCUUCGUAGCCACGGAAGUGGUCCAUCAAAAUGUGCCAUUUUACCAAUUUUAAACCGUCAUAAAAUGCGGAGGAUUUGCCUAAAUUCAUUUUUGUUUUCGCAGAAAUACUAGAAAUCAUACCACGAUUUGAUAUCGAUAAGAAAAUAUUUUGGGGUUAGGGGCACUUUAAGCUUAAAGGUAUGGGGUUACACGUGCGACUUUUUCUCGCGCGGGCAACGCAACCGGACAUAUUUGAUCGCGCCGCCGGCGCAGGAGAAGUGGCAACACGUGCAAUGAUUUUCUCGUCUCGCAAGUGCAAAGCCAGCGUUUUACAAAUCGAGGCUAAGUUCAUGAUUUCUUGGCAAAAUUUAGCGCUCCUAAUUUUAGACACAAGUUUGAAAGUUUGAUUACUGUGAAGUGUGGUCUGGUUAACAGAAACAAAAAUAUUGUGUUCUCAAUAUAGCCUAACGAUCCUAGCAUGCGUAGUUAAUCUGGGACCAUAUUAAGCGAUGUUUUAAAAAUUAACUGAUUUUUCCUUGCGUCGACACUCAUGUGUAAACUUGGAGAUCUUUUACUAGUACAGUCCACUGGAUUAGCCGCCCCUAAUGUAUUUUUCACUGGCCAGUCAUUGUCAAGUAGAGCGAUUUUCGUUGGCUGGCAGGCUAAGUACAAUCACAUGUAAUUUGAUAUUUUCGGCAUUCGUUGCCGAACAGUAAAUCAUUUUAACUUUCGGCAACGAUUGCCGAAGGUGUCAAGUUGCAAUUGCGUAUAAUACACGCGAUUUCUUCUCUCGCGCCGGUAACGCAAUGAAAUAUGCCGCCGCCAGAAAAAAUCGCACAUGUAAACUAGGCUAAAUUAUUCCCCCGGAAAUACGAAAUCUUGACAGACACAAGAUCGAGGCAUAGAUUAGGAGCCAUGCAAAAUUUAUUGUACCCCCGGGCAGGAGCAAAUCAAUUUUUAAUGUAAAAAAAGAAAGCCUCGUUUAGGUUGGUGUGAUAAAAAUUUCCAGCCCCGCCCGGAACUUUGCUAAAAAAGUUGCUGCCCCGCACUACUAUCAGUAAGGGACCGGUCAUUACUUAUGACCGGGGUGCAUGGGUCUGAAAAUUAAGGUCCAAAAUUGCCCUUGAUGAGUGUAAGAUCAUCUGCUAGAGCUAGCUGUUAGAGAGUAAAUAAUAAUAUGGAGUGCUUUGACCACAGUGGCCAUUAUAAUUAAAAUGGAACGGGAUUGAUUGGUAAACAUACGUGUUUAAAACCUCAACAUCCAAUAUCCUUGUUUUCUUGUGGAGUAAUUAAAACACAUUAACAGUCAUGUGGGCCACGUUAGUUAGCAUUGUGCCUUAUUAUGGGUUACCUCUACAAUUGCAAGGUACUAUUAUAAAUAUCGGUUAUCUGAAGGCUUGGAAAUUUGUCUGCUGAAAAUAAGACUUGUCAUUUGUGUAGUAUCUUUCCUUUCAAUGGAAAUGCAAAUUCAUAAUCAGAAAUAAUAAUUUAUCUUAUAAGAUGGGCCCAUAGGGAAAUGCCAAUAGAAUUAAAGGAUUUUAACAUUUCUGGAGAUUCAACUAGAUGGAAGUUAUAUUGCUCACUCAUAUUAAGACUGCAGGCAUGCACUCUGACCGCUCAAGCAACUACGCUGAACGAAUAAAAUUUGCAAGUUAUGGGGGUUGGAUCAAUGAAUGCUAAAAUCUUGGGAUACUUCGCUAUUUUACUUCUCAAAUUUUUCCAUACUUGUUAAAUUGAAAUAUGAUUGGUUUUUUAUAGUUUGUAGUCAAAGCUAUAUGCCCUCUUCACGAGAUAUUGCUAGUCCCAUAAACAUAUAUUAACCAUAUUAAUUAUAUAAAACCUGUAUAUUAAAGUAUAUAUUUCAAGAUUUUAAAACACUAACCAUAUCUCACCACCUAAUCUCUUUCCCACUUUAAAGUUUCACUGUAUACAAUUUGGUUUCUUUCACAUUCUUGCAUUUCUUUAUUAAUUAAAAUGCAAUUUUAUUUUGAAACAAUGUUACAGAAUAUGUUCAUGUAGCUAUCUAUGAUUGUAACCAUCUAAAUUAUAAAAUUUCCUCUGAAAUUCCUUAAAACUUUCCUUUCUAUAGACAAUCACAUGAAUUUACCACGGAAUUUUAAAGGAAUUUCUUAAGAAUUCCAAUUCCAAUGGAAUUCUUAAAGUUUAUGAAACAAUUUAAUAUUCUAAUUUGUAAACAAUAUACAACAAUACUAAAGUAUAUGUCCCAUGUGAGAAUAUCUGAAUUUAGGAAAUGAUGUUACUGUUAAUUAAUGAGAAAAAUUGCUGUUAUACAGGGUGAGUAAAAAAAACUGAUACCUUUGAUAUUCAAAUUAUAACAAGGUGUCAGUUUUUUUUUACUCAUCCUGUACAGUGUGAAGAUAAAAAAUACAUCAUCUGAAUUCCAAGUACUAUUAUAUAAACAAUUAAAUUAAUGUGUAAAACGUGUAAAUUAAUAGAUUUCUCUUAUUUUAUCCAUGUAUAUUAAAUGGUCUGUUAAUAAUUAAAAGAAAAACAGCUAGUUGCCAAAGACUCGGAACAAUGUUUGAGCUGAAGGUAUAUGAACUAACCACUGGAAUGAUACUCCAGAUUCAUGAGGGGCAUGAGGCAUAUUUCAGGAUUUACCACCUAAAUGGCCCACAUGGUUUACAAGCAUAUACCGAAUAUUAGUUAUAUCAAGUGUAGAUGCCCAAAAUUAAAUCCUGAAAAUUUAAUAGACUGUAUAUAUAUAUAUAUAUAUAUAUAUAUAUAUAUAUAUAUAUAUAUAUAUAUAUAUAUAUAUAUAUAUAUAUAUAUAUAUAUAUAUAUAUAUUGAGAUAUGUAAUAAGGGGAUGUUUAUAUGGGGGCGAGCCUGUAUGGAUACCCGGGCUACUGUAGGUCACUUUUCCUUAGGCAAAUUUUGGCCCAGUUUUAGCAAGAUCUUGGGCUAAAGGGGCAGGAUCUUGCUUAGGUGGGCCUGCUCCUUACCCAUAUAUACACAAGGUGAUAUUUAAAUUAAUAGAAAAUAACAACAAAGGCAGGAUCUCGCCAAAACUGGGCCAGCUUGGGUAUACCCCAGGGCUGGUUUGCACCAUAUAAACAGCCCCUAUAUAUUAGGUGGUGUAUGUUUUGUCUGAUAAUUGCAGUCUUCGGAGAUUUUGUGUGUAAAUGAAUAAAAUGACCCCUUAGGAAGUAUACAUCCCUAAAAGAAGGGUCCCGUAUAAAAUAAAUGUUGCUUGGGUCCUUAAGUAUGUACAAAUGUGUAACUUCAGUAAAAAACGUUGUGCCACGGUCGCCACCUUCCUAGCAGGUGUCGCUCGCGUGAUAAUUCGUCAUUUGGUAAUACGUCUUACUUUCAAAAAUGCUUUCAACACCUUUUCAACAACUUUAAUUGCUCUCAACAACUUUAAACAUUCAACAUUGAUUGUUAAAUCCAAAAAUUUCCAUCCAAAAAGGCCGCAAUAAAGUGCAAAAUUUCGUGUUUUUCAGGACGCCAUUUUGCUAGCAAGUGUCAUGGCGUGAGCCUGACGUGUUCAUCUAGGGAAAUUUGAGGACACGCAUCUGGUAUAUUCUUAAUCUGUGAUUGGGGUCUCGACAAUACAUAGAUCGUGCGAAAGACUGGAUCGAGUGAACUCUGGAGAAACCAUAGCACGUAAAGAAUAGUGUGCUGCCGAGCGUCGGAUGAUAUAUCAUUUAUAGUACGCGAGCGUUGAUUAGUCGAAAAACGUGUUUCUAUAACUGUAUGGAAACAAGGGAACGUUUCCGUCUCGCAGCAUUGAUUUUUAAAAGGUAAACAAAACAAUUUUUACACGCGCUGUAUAGUCCAGCGGAUAUGCACAGAUAUUUGAGAAAAUUAUGCACUUUGUGAAGAAAGCAUCAAAUUCACAGGAAGUGUAGACUUUAACAUGAUAAUAAAUCUUAGAUAUGGAGGCAUCACCAAAAUUGAUGCUGACGGCUUAAAAUUUACGAUUUCUUAUAUUCUCUUAUUAAUCUCUUAUAGAAUUAAAAUAUAGCAAAAGCAUAAAAUAUAGCAUAACAUAUAGCACAUAUAGCAAAAAUGACAUGCGUCAUUAGAAAGCUUACAAAAAACUGCAUCUAAGACAUUUAAGCAGUUACUUUGAUUUUCCAACCCCUCUGGAGUUAUGAGCGGUUGAAAAUAUGUUUUAGGGCUAGUGCCCAGGACUUUGGCGGGGUUUUUGCCUAUUUAUCAAGUUUUUAAAUAGCAACAACUGGAAAACCGCUUGGAAAAUCAAUCAGCCGUUUAAAAGUCUUAUAUGUAGUUUUUUGUAAGCUUUCUAAUCAUGGAAGUCAUUUUUGCUAUAUGUGAACCUGCAAUUUCACAAUUUUAAACAGUAAUAGAUUUUAAUAAGAGAAUAUAAGAAAUCGUAAAUUUUAAGCCGUCAGCAUCAAUUUUGGUGAUGCCUCCAUAUCUAAGAUUCAUUAUCAUGUUAAAGUCUACACUUCCUGUGAAUUGGGUGCUUUCUUCACAAAGUGCAUGAUUUUUUUACUUUUCCGCUGGACUAGUAAUCGAAAAAACUAUGUUGAAAGACUACUUUUCAUGCCAAAUUAAGGAAGCACAAGACAAAACAUUUUCCGUCCUGUGUUUCCAUACAGUUAUGGAAACACUGGUAAUAGUUUGGGAGAAAUCGAAAUGACGUACGUGGAAAAACUCGCCAUUUGGAUAACAAGAAAUAAUCAUUGGAAAAACACAAACUCCAACGCGUGUUUCUAUAGCUGACUGUGUAGAAACACGGAAAAUGUUUUCUAUUUAAUUUCUUAAUAUAGUAUCCCGUAUUAAAAGGAGAAAAAUCCCACUGUAUUUAAAUUUUUUGCAAUGCGGAACUGCUUGGCAAUUUAUCCUAAAAAUGGUCUCGUUUUCGGCGCUGCCCAAAUAUAAUUGCUGUUCUAUAUCCCUUUCGUUGCCGAUACAGUAAGAUCGACAUUAUAGUUUUGAUAUAGUGAACCUCUUGUACAUGUAUUAUAUUUAGCAUACUGUUUAAUUUAGGGAAGACAUCUGCGGAUUUUAGAGAGAUACAACAGGUGGGAAAUUUGUCUGAGCAUGCGCGAGUAAAAUGAGCCACGCAAUUGCGUGGAAUACACGCAACGCGUGUUUACAAAAAGGCACAAUCGUGUAAAUAUUGCCAAAUGUUUGUACAAAAUAAAUGACUGUUUUAUGUUGAAAGAGUGGACAUGAUCUAAAUUAAUCAUACAGAAUUUUUUAGUGACGUUCUAUUUCAGUACCCUGCCAUUGUCUCUGGUGGGCUGUCCGUGUGCAUUCGAUCUGAAACAGUUGCUACUUUGCUGUCGAAGAAUUUCGAAUGUUUACAUGAAAAUAGAGGCAAGUCAUGCAUUUUACAACCUCUCAAACUCUAUGAGCCCCUAUUUUUACGCUUAUACCUAAGAUAUCAAAUAAAAUUACAUGAAACAGAGAACAUUUGUAGAAAGUUUUAUCGUGAGGCCACGGCCAGUUUUUAAAAUAUCUUUAUUUAUGUUCCGGUCAUCACCAAAAUUACACAAAAGCCGGGCUUGAAUAUACAUCAAAUUUUGAAUCUCAUCAAGCACAAAAAUACUUAACGUGUAACCAAAAUAUGCUCAUGAAAUCGAAAUUAAUAGCUAAAUUUUCAAACUAGACCCUUCUCGAAGCAGCUUCUUGCUAACUUUCUGCUUUGUUUUGAAUGUAAAUGCAAUGAGCUUUGUUACUGCCCGCAAUUUUUUGGUCAGCGACGACAAAUUUCCCACCUGUUGAGAGAUACAUAAAAGUACCUGAAAAAUACAAGCAGAACUUUGCUCGAAACGUCGAGGUUUUGCUUGUGUUUUUCAGGCAGUUAUUAUCUCUCUGAAACCCGCAGCUCUCUUGUUAUCAUCGCUACCUACACUGGCACAAACCGUUCUUGUAUAAUUUAGGAUCAUAUGGUUUGUUCUCGUUGUUAGAUGUUACAAGACUCAUGCAUGGUAUCCUUCGUGUCCCAAGGGUGCAUCAAAAUACAUUGUUAUUUACCGUGAACCAUGUGCUGCAUUCUACAGUCACUUCAACUUCUUCAAGGGUUGGUUAUUUCAACCAGGGAAAGUUUUACUUGACGAAUUUGUAAAGGAUUAUCUACUUGCCCUUGGAAUACCAAAAAAGAAGAUGAUAUUUGCGUCCUUUUUUGUCCACUUGCUCAGCUGGUGGGAACACAGGAAUGACUCGAAUGUUUUAUUUCUGUUCUUUGAGGAUAUGAAAGAUGAUUUAGAAAGUGUAGUUAGGAUGGUUGCAGCAUUCAUAGGAAUUCAAGAUGAGGAAAGGAUUAAGAAGGCUGUGAACAUGAGCUCCUUUGAAUUUAUGAAGAAAAAUGAGAGGAUGUUUUCAAAUGUUCGUCUCGCACGUUGUCGGAAUAAAAGUUGUGGGAUACCUGAUGAUGUUGUAGCCAGUAAGGUUGUCACGGGAUCUGCAACGAAAGGACGAGAGUUGAUGGAUCACAAAACUAAAGAAAUUAUUCAGGCAAAGUGGCUGGAAGUCGUUGGGAAACAAACUGGAUUUCAGAAUUCAAAAAGUUGAGAAGUGCAUUCAAAAAGGAACAGAUGAAUAAUAUUUAAGAUAUUUGAAAUUAGAGAGAUACAGAUUUGACUUCCACUACCGCUAUCACUACCUUUAAGGCAUCAUUAACCAAUCAGAUGGGUCUGAUUAUUUCAAUUAAUCAACCAGAUGCGUAACUACCAAGCCCGUGUGAGGUAGUGGUAGUGGAAAUCAAAUCUGAAAUUCGUUAUUUACGUUAUUCAACAGAACAUUGUAAAAUAAUUAUGGGAAGCCAAAUUACAGAGUUCGGACAGAGUUCUACCGUUUUAGCAAGAACAUAAACUUUCAGCUGGCAGGAUGACAGCCGAAAUGAAUUAUUAAAGACCUAGAAAUUUGGACGUCAUUCUCGCACUUUUUUAAGCUUUGUUUACGCGCUACGAUUUGUCGUGUGCGAUUCGUAUUCUGGCGUAUGUAAUCGAAUAGGCACGCGUAAAGUGGUUGCAUUUCAAAUUUCGCCAUAAUCUGAAUAAAGAGGAAUUGUGGCGUCAGCAAUAAAUUACAUACGCCAGAAUACGAAUCGUACACGACAAAUCACAGCGUGUAAACGUAGCUUUAGCAAAGCAAUAGCACAGAGUAGAGACAUACAGAGACGUAACUAGUGUACCCACUUUUUUUGUGCGCGUGCUCGGCAAGUUACUAGAUGCAUGCAUCUGAUUGGAUGACGACCUGAUGACGACUCACUUUAAACUUGCCGAGCACGCGCAGUUGAUCAUUUUUUCGACCGGUCGCCUGAAAAAACGUGGGUACAUGAUAACGUAAUCUUCCGCAGUGUUUUGACGGUCAGUUACGUCUCUGUAUGUCUUAUCUACUCUGUGGCAAUAGGCAAACGCCUUUUAGGCCGUAUUCCCUGGCCGGCUGGCCCCAAAAGUCGCUUAGAAAACGAUUUUUGUUGCCCCCCUUCGGGCACUACUUUAAAUUUACAUUAAUCUAUAGAUUUUUAUACGCUGAGUUCGAAUUCACUUGUUGUCACUCGCACAAAGCUGCAGUUUUUUUGUAUUUUACGAUCAAACAUCAACAUUUUUUAUUAACAUUUCCGCCAUUUUGUUCAGGAAACUUCAUGUUAUAUACAGUUAUUGUACUAGUUCAAGUCUCUUAGCAGGGGGGUUGCACGCGGUAUUACGCAUUUUUAUCAUUCUUCUGAGGAAAAUAUACAGAAAUAAAUAAAAAUAUAGAUAUGUUUCCACAAUAUUAAAGUGCGAAAGGUAAUAAUACAUGUUUGUAAAUAAUCAGGGACUAAUCUACUGUUCUUGUCAUCCAUAAAGACUCGCUUGUCCUUGGUAAAGUUGUUUAUUUUAUUUAUUAUUGAAAUUAUGUACAUAAUUUUAGCCUUGCAAUAUGAAUAGGCAAUUUUCCUGGGUAUUGUCUACCUGAAAUUUUUGUCAACAAUAAAGUUUUGAAGGUUUUAUCCCUCAGAGAGAUUUCAAAAUAAAUUUUAACUUUGAAACUUUCUAAUCUCCUAGGCGAGCCAGCCCAGGUAACCCGAGUUGAUUUCAUCCCAUGUUUACAAGAGACUUUUGAGGCGGGCUGGUUUGCCAAAACAGAUCACUGUUAUAAAUAGUAUAAUAUAAUAUUUUUUACUUCUCAAGAUCUUGCCUUGACAGGCCAGCCCAGUUCCAUAUAAAUGCAAGAUGAAUAUUAGUUUAAAUUACAUAGCGACGUUAGAUCUUGGCAAAGCGAGCUAGCUAUCCAGCUGGCUUGGGUACCCCCUAAGGAAAUGAAGAAAUGUUAUUUACAUCAAUAGAUUGAUGUGAAUAGAGUAUUAUUUAAUGCCCAGCUGUUAUCCAAGAUCUAAGGCAUGGAAAAAAAGAGUCUUGGCUAGGCAGCUAGGCUAGCCCAACUGGAAAGAAGGUUUGUGUAACUAAUGCAUAUUGGUAGGUAUAGUGAUCCCAGAUUACUUUAAUUAAAUUUCUAGUGCCUGCCUGGCCAAAUAUAAAUUAAUAAAGUAUCCCUCCUCCAAGUGCUUGGUAAUGAGUGGCAGCUCAAAUAGGAUUAGAGCUUAUUAAGGUGAGGAUGUAUCAUGACAAUAUGUUGUUAAACCUCAUUAUGGCUCAACCAAUUCAAAUGGCUCGACCAAUUCAUGUCUCUAGGUGGCAUGACUUUGAGAUUUGCUUGUGUGAAUAUAAUUUUUUGCUUAGUACCUUUGUUCCAGCAAGCCCAUGCAUAUGCUUGCCUCAACAGUGUCACAUAAAUUGAAACACCAAGCAAGCUAUUGUAGCUGUAAUCAAUUGGGGCUAUGUCCU